GAUUUCCUCAUUGGACGGUUAACUUCCGGGUCGUAAUCCCCGCAGUUGCUAGCCCAUGAUGUAUUUUUUGUAGCCGAUAAUUCCCAUUUUUAUCCAUUUUUUUAAUCUACCUUGGAGCCGAAAGAGGGCUUAUUCGGGAAGAAAUAUGUGAACUAAAAAGGAGGAGGAAGGUUGAAGCUCCCGUGCUUUUCUUCCACUUCGACUCAAUGUUUGUAAACAUGGAAACAAAAAGAGCUGAUAUCCCGACUGGUUUACUGGACGAUCUCUGCAGUCGGUUCAUCCUGCACAUUCCCAGCGAGGAAAGGGACAACGCUAUCAGGGUUUGCUUCCAGAUUGAGCUGGCACACUGGUUUUACCUGGACUUCUGCUUGCCCAACACACCAAACGCUCCUCACUGUGGCAUCAGAGACUUCGCCAAAGCUGUUUUCCAGCACUGUCCAUUCCUGUUGCCCCAUGGGGAGGACGUACAGAAAGUCCUGGAACAGUGGAAGGAGUACAAGAUGGGUGUUCCCACUUACGGAGCAAUCAUUCUUGAUGAAUCAUUAGAAAAUGCACUCCUUGUUCAGGGAUACCUUGCAAAGUCAGGCUGGGGGUUUCCCAAAGGGAAAGUGAACGAAGACGAAGCACCACAUGAUUGUGCUGUUCGUGAGGUGUUGGAGGAGACAAGCUUUGACAUCAAGAAUCGUAUUUGCCAAGAUAUGUACAUUGAGCAGAAAAUUACUGACCAGCUGGUGCGGCUCUACAUCAUCCCAGGAGUAUCCAAGGAUACAAAGUUCAACCCUAAAACUAGAAAGGAAAUUCGGAACAUUGAAUGGUUCCCGAUUGAGAAGCUGCCAUGUCACAGGAACGACAUGACCCCAAAGUCCAAACUUGGACUUGCCCCCAAUAGAUUUUUUAUGGCCAUUCCAUUCAUAAGGCCAUUAAAGGAAUGGAUUGCUAGGUUGAAAGGUGAGAGUCCAGACAGUGAAGAAGACUUGACGACCAAUGGCAGCACUCCAGGAAAGCCAUCAGACAAUGCGGGAUCAAAAUUUGGGCACCUCAAUGUUGAAGUAUUUACUGGAGACAGCUGCAGCAAACCGAAGCAGCAGAAGAACCCAAGUCAGCUGAUCCACUAUGAGCUGAACCAGACUCAAUACUUAAAAGGCAUUGGGAAGAACUCAUCUUAUCCAAAGAAAGGAAACGAUGAAACUGGAUUUAACAGCCAGCACGUCAAAGUAUUUGCAAGGGAAGAAAAACGGCUUCAACCCAGAAGACUGCAAGACAGUUUUGAAAAAGACGGGAGUCCAUGCAAUUCUCGUAGUGGUCCGCAUACGGCCCACCUAAAAGACUUGGAUCACAUGCCGUCGUCCAACACGUUCCUUCAUUUUAAAUUUGACAAAGAUGCCAUCAUGAGAUGUUUUGACUUCUGACGUUCUACCUUAACUGCAGUGUGUUCUCUCACAACACUCCCACUUUUCCCGUCUCACCACCUUUCCAUGAAGUUUAAAUUGCAGUCAGGCCUCACUGCACCCGUUGUGUCAAACUUUUCACAACACCGAGAGCCUCGAGUUCAAUGUUCCUUUGUGAAAGGGAAAUGACGUUUGAUGAAAUGUUUGCUUCUUUCUCUUCACACACCAUGGACGAUUAAAUAGAACAAAGUAGCUACCACUUCAUUGACAAACACCGUACGAUCUUAUCCACUAAUGUACAAUGAAUUGAUUUUAUUCAUGGAAGUAUUAAGAUGAUUGAUGUUGAUAGUAAUCAUUAAUAUUAUAAUAAUAAUAAGUAAUGCAAUUAUUGUAAUGGUAGCAUGUAUUACUACAGUCAUACAUGUUAAAAUAAUGCAAUAAAAAUUGAAUAUUUUUUUACUAUUGACACGGUAAUUACGCUUUAUUUUACCCAAUUUUGUACUUUUAUAGAUAAAUAACAAUCCAUCCAUCUGAGUCUUUCAUUGCACUUGUCCUCAUUAUAGUUGAGCUGGAACCUAUUCUUGCUGACUGGGUGAGAGUUGGAGUGGUCACCAGUCUUAUCAGAGGACACACAUAGAACGGAAAAUAAAAUGUUUUUUUUCCUCUGGUGAUUUAAUAAGUUUGCACCCAUACAAAGAUAUGAACAGUAAAUUAGUUUUUUAAUUUCCCUCCUUUGUACAGUGUUAUCCAAAUCCUAAUUUUGAGGCUGUUGCUUGGCAAGACGAAGUUUUGGAUUUUUUAAACCUUCUAUAUCGCUGUGUUAAAGCAUAUAUUGGCCAUAUCUUUUUGAGGACAAACUUGUUAAAACAAAUACUGUCCCCACUAAGCGGCCCCUCGUUUUUAUGACUAAGUGUUUUAUUUAACGGUGUUACAUUUCGUGCGACAGCAUUUUAAGCUUAAUGUGCUCUCCAGUAAAUCAUUAUCAGUGUACAAAAAGAAGUACAUACAUACUGUGGAAAAAUGUUAUUGCUUGGAAUUUCUGUAUAAUUUCUGCUCCGAGGCCUAAAUUGCUAAUAUUAUGCUCACAUUUUUCAAACCCCGUUUCCAUAUGAGUUGGGAAAUUGUGUUAGGUGUAAAUAUAAAAGGAAUACAAUGAUUUGCAAAUCCUUUUCAACCCAUAUUCAGUUGAAUAUGCUACAAAGACAACAUAUUUGAUGUUCAAACUGAUAAACAUUUUUUUUUGUGCAAAUAAUCAUUAACUUUAGAAUUUGAUGCCAGCAACAUGUGGCAAAGAAGUUGGGAAAGGUGGCAAAAAAUACAUAAAGUUGAGGAAUGCUCAUCAAACACUUAUUUGGAACAUCCCACAGGUGUGCAGGCUAAUUGGGAACAGGUGGGUGCCAUGAUUGGGUAUAAAAACAGCUUCCCAAAAAAUGCUCAGUCUUUCACAAGAAAGGAUGGGGCGAGGUACACCCCUUUGUCCACAACUGUGUGAGCAAAUAGUCAGACAGUUUAAGAACAACGUUUCUCAAAGUACAAUUGCAAGAAAUUUAGGGAUUUCAACAUCUACGCUCCAUAAUAUCAUCAAAAGGUUCAGAGAAUCUGGAGAAAUUACUCCACGUAAGCGACAUGGCCGGAAACCAACAUUGAAUGACCGUGACCGUUAACAUUAUAUGCUGCCAUCUAAGCGCUGUCUUUUUCAUGGACGCCCCUGCUUAUAUCAGCAAAACAAUGCCAAACCACUUUCAGCACGUGUUAUAACAGUGUGGCUUUGUAAAAAAAAAGAGUGCGGGUACUUUCCUGGCCUGCCUGCAGUUCAGACCUUUCUCCCAUCGUAAAUGUGUGGCGCAAUAUGAAGCGUAAAAUACGAUAGCGGAAACCCCGGACUGUUGAACGACUGAAGCUCUACAUAAAACAAUAAUGGGAAAGUAUUCCACUUUCAAAGAUUCAACAAUUAGUUUCCUCAGUUCCCAAACGUUUGAGUGUUGUUAAAAGUAAAUGUGAUGUAACACAGUGGUGAACAUGCCCUUUCCCAACUACUUUGGCACGUGUUGCAGCCAUGAAAUUCUAAGUUAAUUAUUUGCAAAAAAAAAAGUUUAUGAGUUCGAACAUCAAAUAUGUUGUCUUUGUAGUGCAUUCAACUGAAUAUGGGUUGAAAAGGAUUUUCAAAUCAUUGUAUUUCGUUUACAUUUACAUCUAACACAAUUUCCCAACUCAUAUGGAAACAGGCUUUGUAAGAGCAUGCUACAUUAGACUCUUCGAAGCCCAGCUGACAGGGGCCGCGGCCAUGAGGAGGAGAAUGGCGACUGAGAGAGUAACGCACACACCGUAGACAGAAAGAGCGAGAAACCACGAGCACACGUGACUGAAAAGUCCUGCACCCUGGUGUACAUGCCAAAAAACCUGCUGUCCGGGCUCAACAAGAUCUAUCGGCCUCAGGAGAACCCUCCCCACAUAGAGAGACUUUCACAGUAAUUGUACAGCAAAUUAGUGUUUCCUCUGUAUCCCGUGAUCGAGCUGUGUGCCUCGACUUCCCUCUGGAUUCUGUACUGCCUCCCUCGAUCCUCGACCCCUGCUUGGACACGGACCUCCUCGCUUCUCUCCAGCCCCCGACCUCUUGCUUGCCACGGACUGCAUUGUCGCCUAGCCCUUAUAGUCUGACGAAGGAUUCACCUAACUUGCACUUACAACAACCACUGGUAACAUUAUUAAUUCUACACAUCGUCUUGCACCAUUCACGUUUAGUAACAUACACACCCCACCACUUCAUCAUUAGCCAGUUCAUUAAACCUUGUCAACUGAUCUCCUCA